UCUCAAAAAUGAAGUAUCAAGGGUUUUUGAUAGGUUUUGUGGUGCUGGUGAUAUUGCAAACAUGUGCAUCCACUUUGACGUGUGACGCAGGUUCCAGCAAACAAUCACAGUCAAGUAAUUCCGCUGCUUACGUCUCAGAUAUCGUUUUGUCUGAGUCAUUUAAUACUUCAAGAAGAGGAAUAUUUGACGUGUGUCUCUGGCCAUUUGAAAAAGUUAAUGGACUCUGCCUUCCUCCCUGCUUAUUCGGACAAGUGAGAUGUGUUGGUGUGUUCUGUUGCAUUGACUGGAUUGAUGGUCUGCGCUGGUUAAAUACACUUAUACAUGAAGUUAACGAGAUUAUUCUAGGAGCUUUAGACCUUUUCGAAUUUAAUACGCGGUUAUUUAUCAACCUUGUUUUGGGAAAUGCAAUUCAAUUAUAUAAUAAUAUUCUGGGAAGAAUUGGGCUUUUGUUUGGCGGCGUUGACAUUCAAUACGACAUAAUUAUAACAAAUAUAAAAGUAUUAACGACUACACAGGAUGUUGAUUUCAAAGUAGUGCUUUCUAUAAUGAACGGAAUUAAACCGUUCACAUGGAAUGGAUUUUUAGAGACUAUUAAAGCACUGAUUGUCAAAAAUGAAGAAAUUAUUUUACCGCAUGUCAUAUCAUUCGCACAAAAAGUACUUGGGUUUUCGUAUAUGCCAAGCAACUAUUUUCGAACCAACUUCAUAUAUAUCGUCAAUCACUUAACUCUUCAUGAAACUGAUGGAAGACUUACCAGUUGGGAAAUUCAAAUACAGGGCCAACUUCCCGCUCCGGUACCACAGCCACCCGCGAGACCUAAUCCUCUCGUCACAUACGUAAAACAAUUACAAGUUCUAAAAAAUAUUUUCCAAAUGUUUGAAUCAGUACAACAAGGUCUAAUUAAUGGCAUAUACAAAAUUUUCACCAUUCAAAUACAAUUUGACUACAGACAAAUAUCAAUUAAUCUUGAAGAAUUGAUUCGUAAUUAUUUUACGCUAAACAAAGUAAUAUCCGAAUUUAUAUCAAAAAUACCACAAAAUCCAACGGGUGACGAAACUAUAAGAUUCAUUUCUGACCAUUUAAAGAAAUCCGAUGAAAUUGGAUUAGCAUUCGUUCAUAUUUUUGGUACAGUGUUUGGAAUCUCAAAUACGCAAUUAAACGAAAAGAUCAAUGAAGUUUCGGAAUUGUUGGUUCAUUUAUUUGAUGUUAUUCUCAAUCCUGUUGAACAAACAACUCCAACGACUUCAACAACCACAACAACAACAACAACCACACCAGCACCACUACCUAGUCCAGAAGAAAUAGCACAAACACGAAUGAAAGUACUUAUUAUAUUUUUGGAAAACACCUUACAGACUAAUUUGAAACCCGAUGAUAUAUUAGCUAUGCGUUUACGAGAUAUUUUAAAUCCAAAUGGUGAUCUUGAUGUGAAAAAACUUUUACAUGGUUUAUAUGAUAAAAAUCGAGAAGGUUUUAAAGAUUUAUUAGAGUUUAUUGGACGUACUGUUAAUGUAGAAAACCCCGAUUACGAUUUAAUGUGGGAAACAUUCCAGAAACAAUGGACGACAAAUGUCGACUUUCAACAGUGGAUCUACGCUUUAGCAAAAAAUACACAGAAUAAGCAAAUCACAAAUAUUAUCAAAUUCUUACAAAUGUUUAUCGAAAAUCUUUUCGAUGCGACAUAUAAACCAUAUGAUAAUUUCUUUGUGAAAAUGCAUGAAACUCUUUUGGAGACUAAUGUAGAUAUGAAAACAAUCGGCGAAAAUCUUAACGAUUUAUUUAAGAAUGAUAAUUCGAACUUAAAUGAAAUUAUCAUUACUUUAACAAUACGAGAAAAUAAUCAAUAUUUCGAUUAUAAAGAUUUCGAAGAAAAGAUUAAAACAUUACUAUUACUUAAAGAACCACUUUCUAAAUCUAUAAUCGAAAUAAUAAAGAAUGUUACAAAUCUACCAGAAACUGCUAACCUUGAGGAUAUUGUCAAAAAAGUUAAACGUGAAGGUGAUCGAUCACUAGAAGAAGUUCAAUUAUUACAAUCACUUGUUAACCAAAUUAAAAUGAUUUUCUGUGACUAUUCGAAUAGUGAUAAUGCUGUGCUUACUAAUUUAUAUUAUUUGAUCCUAUCGAAAUCGAGCAUUAGUAUUAAUGAUGCUAUAACUGAGAUUUAUAACUUGUUUAUAUCAUAUGAACCCGAUUUAACAACGGUAUUAAACCUGUUACCCAAUGAGAAUUUAACCCAAGUAAUACAUGAAGGGGCUACAAAUGAUAAUUCAAACGUAUUUGUAAUUGUUAAAAUACUUACAAGAGUAUUUAAAGUUAACAUUGUGAGUAUAGAUUGGAUUAUUGCUCAAAUAAAACUUGCAAUCAGUACGAAUUCCCUCAACAUUGAAGAAAAACGAAAAACUGAUGCCAAAGAAGAAGCGAUUAAAUUAGUCGGAGAGAUAUUCAGUCCGAAUUCUCCAAUAUACGGUUUAUCGAAUAACGUUCUUGCUGUUGCAAAUGUCCUAUUACGUACAAGUAUUACUCAACAAUUAAUUCUAGAACAAGUUAAAAUAUUAAUAGAAAGAGAUGAUCUCGAUUAUUUAAAUUUUGCUAAAUGGAUAGAACAAAUGAAUCAGUCAAAUAGUCAAGCUGGUCUUACGUAUGCCUUGAAGACAAUCAAAGAUAUGUAUGAUAAUAUUAAAAUCAAUCAAAAUGAAGCUCAAUUACGUGCGAUUGCAUCAUUUUUACGAAAAGCUUUUAAUUUAACAGAAUCAUUUUCAAUCGAUGAUUUUUAUAGUAAAUUUGAGGAAUUUGCUAGGAGUAUUCGUUAUGAACUAGAAGACACUUCAUUGGGUACAAGAAUUCAUCUUUGGAUUAGAUUUGAAGUAGUGGAUACUCCAGUGGGAUCUCAAAAACGAAAACUUCAAUAAUUAUAAUUGUAUAUAUUCUGAUAAUUGAACUUU